CCCGCUCUAGCCUCUGCUCCUCUCGGUGGUGGAAGUUCCCGGCCAAGCUCGCUCUCGCAACCGGAGGCCUGGCGGAGGAGGCAGGGCCCGGGGCAGGGGGCGGUGCGUCGGGCGGGCUCUGGCCUCCGGCGAGCCACUGCGUGGGGACCGCGCAGCCGGGUGUGUGCAGUGGCCUCAGGGAUCCGAAAAUUGAGGACUGAAUCUCUCCUAACUAGUAAUGGGGCCCUGGAACCUGGGCUACUAGUGCCGCGCUUAGGGCUCCAGGUCGCUGGCUUCUGCACUUUCUUCGUCUCCAGAGUUGAAUAUCUGUUAUCUACGUCCUCAAACUUACUACUGCCCGACGUGCCAUGGCCCCCAAGCCGGGGGUUGAGUGGAGCACAGCCCUGUCCCAUCUGGUGCUGGGAGUGGUAUCUCUGCACGCAGCCGCGAGCACCGCCCAGGCAAGUCGAGGGGCUGCUGCUGGCUUCCUGCUCCAGGUCUUGGCGGCCGCCACCAUGCUGGCCCCAGGGCUGAGCACACAUGAAGACUGUCUUGCUGGAGCCUGGGUGGCCACCGUCAUCGGCCUGCCCCUUCUGGCGUUCGAUUUCCACUGGGUGAAUGGGGACCGCUCCUCUGCCAACCUGCUCCUGGGAGGAGGCAUGGUGCUAGCAGUGGCUGGCGGCCAUCUCGGCCCUGAGGGCCGCUCUGUGGCUGGUCAGGCAAUGCUGUUGGUGGUCGCAGUGACCAUCCUCAUUGUGGCUGUCUUCACGGCCAACACUUAUGGGAUGUGGGGGGGUGCGAUGCUGGGUGUAGCAGGCCUCUUGAGCCGGCUGGAGGAGGACAGGCUGUUGCUGCUACCGAAGGAGGAUGUCUGUCGCUGGGCCCUGGCUGCAGGCAGCUGGGCUUACUGCCGGGCCCUGCAUACACAGCGCCUGCAAUGGGAGUGACAGCUGGAUACAGCAAGGCAGGGUUUCUGCCCUGCCGACCGCUUCCCCUCCCACCUGCCAGCUCCUGGGGCUUUUCUCCCCUAGGAGUAGACUCUCCUGCCCACUGAAAUGGGCUUGCUGCACAUUGACUGAUCAGGGGCAGAGUCUGGGUGCUGUCCUUUGGCCAUCUGUGGGGACUUGUCUAGACCAAAAUGAAAGGGACAGGGUCCCAGAUACAUUUGGGGGCCCUGAUUCUGGGCUAGACGUGGUUGUGGAUCCAGAGAAGAGGCCUAGUCUCCAAUAAAUCUUAGGAAUUUUGCAGGAAU